UCCCAGCAGAUCUUCCCAGAGGACGGUUUGAAAGAAAGGCAGAGAGGGCACUGGGAGGAGGCAGUGGGAGGGCGGAGGGCGGGGGCUGGGGCUCAGCCUUCGGGGUGGGCGCCCAGGGCAGGGCAGGUGGCUGUGGCGUGGAGGCAGGGGAGAAUGCGCCUCUCCAAAACCCUCGUCGACAUGGACAUGGCCGACUACAGUGCUGCACUGGACCCAGCCUACACAACCCUGGAAUUUGAGAAUGUGCAGGUGUUGACGAUGGGCAAUGACACGUCCCCGUCAGAAGGCACCAACCUCAACGCACCCAACAGCCUGGGUGUCAGUGCCCUGUGUGCCAUCUGCGGGGACCGGGCCACAGGCAAACACUACGGCGCCUCGAGCUGUGACGGCUGCAAGGGCUUCUUCCGGAGGAGCGUGCGGAAGAACCACAUGUACUCCUGCAGAUUUAGCCGGCAGUGCGUGGUGGACAAAGACAAGAGGAACCAGUGCCGCUACUGCAGGCUCAAGAAGUGCUUCCGGGCUGGCAUGAAGAAGGAAGCCGUUCAAAAUGAGCGGGACCGGAUCAGCACUAGAAGGUCAAGCUAUGAGGACAGCAGCCUGCCCUCCAUCAACGCGCUCCUGCAGGCAGAGGUCCUGUCCCGACAGAUCACCUCCCCCGUCUCCGGGAUCAAUGGCGACAUUCGAGCUAAGAAGAUUGCCAGCAUCGCAGACGUGUGUGAGUCCAUGAAGGAGCAGCUGCUGGUUCUCGUCGAGUGGGCCAAGUACAUCCCAGCUUUCUGCGAGCUCCCCCUAGACGACCAGGUGGCCCUGCUCAGAGCCCAUGCUGGUGAACACCUGCUGCUCGGAGCCACCAAGCGAUCCAUGGUGUUCAAGGAUGUGCUGCUCCUAGGCAAUGACUAUAUCGUCCCUCGGCACUGCCCGGAGCUGGCGGAGAUGAGCCGGGUGUCCAUGCGCAUUCUUGACGAGUUGGUGUUGCCCUUCCAGGAGCUGCAGAUUGAUGACAAUGAGUAUGCCUACCUCAAAGCCAUCAUCUUCUUUGACCCAGAUGCCAAGGGGCUGAGUGAUCCAGGGAAGAUCAAGAGGCUUCGUUCCCAGGUGCAGGUGAGCUUGGAGGACUACAUCAACGACCGCCAGUAUGACUCGCGCGGCCGCUUUGGCGAGCUGCUGCUGCUGCUGCCCACCCUGCAGAGCAUCACCUGGCAGAUGAUCGAGCAGAUCCAGUUCAUCAAGCUCUUCGGCAUGGCCAAGAUUGACAACCUGCUGCAGGAGAUGCUAUUGGGAGGGUCCUCCAGUGAUGCACCCCAUGCCCACCACCCCCUGCACCCUCACCUGAUGCAGGAACACAUGGGAACCAACGUCAUUGUUGCCAACACGAUGCCCACUCACCUCAGCAACGGACAGAUGUGUGAGUGGCCCCGGCCCAGGGGGCAGGCAGGUGGGCAACUGGGGCUCUACCCUGCAAAAGCCACCCCUGAGACCCCACAGCCUUCACCACCAGGUGGCUCAGGGUCUGAGCCUUAUAAGCUCCUGCCGGGAGCCGUCGCCACGAUUGUCAAGCCCCUCUCCGCUAUCCCCCAGCCAACCAUCACCAAGCAGGAAGUUAUCUAGCAAGCCGCUGGGGCUUGGGGGCUCUGCUGGCUCCCCCCAGCCUCCUCCGAGAGCACCUGGUGAUCACGUGGUCAUGGCAAAGGAAGACGUGAUGCCAGAGCCAAUCCCAGAGCAGGAAGGGGAAGGAUGAAGGGCCCGAGAGCACAGCCUAAGGGCCACAUUCCACUGCCACCCUUGACUCCCUGCUCUGGAUAACGAGACUUUGACUUGGGGAGACCCCACUGGAAAGUCCUCUACUGCCUCGGACAACUUUUCUCAUGUUGAAGCCACUGCCUUCACCUUCAUCCAUGUCGAACCCCUGACUUCACCCCAAAGGACAGCUGUCUGGAGACGACUUGAGGCCUUACUUAAACCCAGCUCCCUUCUCCCCUAGACUGGUGCUCCUCUCCUAGCUCUAACCAUGGUGUCCAGACAGAGCCCCGUGAGGAUAGGUCCAAUCGCGGCCCUUGGGGCAUCUCGCUCCUCCUCCUUCUGCUGCCGCCACCUCAAACGCCCCCCUCGCUCUGCUGUCACUUGCUCCGUCAUCCCAUCUUCUCCAAUACCACCUCUCCAGAGGCUGAGGAAGACUUGGAAACAAUUCCCCCAGUCAUUCUGGUAACAUGUAAGCACUGACUGGGGCCAGGCAGGGUAUAGAAGGCUGUGGCGAGGGAAGAUGCCUCCUCCAACCACAACACACCCUCCUUCUUCAGGGUCUUGGGUGGGUAUUCGGGGUGAGGAUCUCUGCAGGCUUUUCACCUGAGAAAACAAGCCCAGGUUGGCAACUGCAACAGGAACUUGGAGGGAGGCUGAAGUGGAGAGGAAAAGCAUCAGAAAGAAGGAAACCAGGCACUAGGCCUUUGAGAAAGGGGAGAAUUCUGGCCGGUAGAGCAGGAGAGAUGGGACAUUCCAAAGAACAGCCUGAGCCAAGGCCUCAAGGUGGGAAGAAUCUAGCAAGGAUUGAAGAAGAAUGAUGUGGGAGAGAGACAGUGAAGAGAGAGAGGGCCUGCUGGAGAGCGUAGGGUCUGGAAUACCAGGCCAGGGUCCUGACCAGCUGCAAGGGGUAUGCAGGGAGCUGGGCUUCUGGGAAAUGAACACGGCAGUUCUGCAGAGGAUGGGAGACUGGGAGCUGGGCGGUCAGGUAGUGUGGCUGAUAUAAUGCGGGUGAGGGUAAUGAGGCUUGGGGCUGGCAAGGACAGAAUGGGUAAAUCUUCACAUCAGAGUGACAUCCAGGAGCAAUGAUCUCCCAAGGCCUGUCUCAAAUUCUGCCUUACUCCCAGGCACUAUCGUAAGGCAUAUGACGUGCAUCAUCUCAUUUAAUGCUCCCUUCCUCCCCAUUAACCUAGAGAUUGUCUUUGUUUAUAUUUUUAUUCUCCCCCUCCCCCAGCCCUCACCCACCCUACCCUCUCCUAGAGAUUGUUACAGAAGAUGAAAUCAUGUUCUACACAUGAUCUUAGCCAAAAGAGGUGAAGCAAUUUUUUCUGAAACUCACACAACUAGGAAGUGGCUGAGUCAGGACUUGAACCCAGGUCUCCCUGGAUUAGAACAAGAGCUCUUAACUACAGUGGCGAAUAGCUUCUCCAAAGGCUCCCUUUGUUCUCACCAUAAUCAAGUUGAGUGGCUUCCAGCUCCCUUCGCCAGCCUCAGAAACCACCACUAGUUCUUCUGGGAGCCCUGCCCACUCCCAGGACUAAGAUUGGCCUGAGGCUGCACCAAAAUUCACUUAGGGUGGAGCAUCCUGUUUGCUGAUAAAUAUUAAGGAGAAUUCAUGACUCUUGACAGCUUUUCUCUCUUCACUCCCCAAGUCUAGGGGAGGGGCAGCAAGGGUCUGUUUCCUGGGAGCCAGGCUCCUCUGGCCUGUUGGUGUGGGGGUGGGACAGUGUGCCCAGUACGGGGGGCAGGGGAGGACUAAGCAGGCCUGGGUUUGAGGCCUUCUCUGGGGACCGUCGCUCCGUCACUCCAGGAGCAUUCUGGAAACAUUAGAUUCCCCCCGAUGGCACGAGUAGCAUGUCAUUCAUGUGGAAUCUUGGUGGCUUUGGGGACAUUCUGGAAAAUGCCACUGACCAGUGUGAGCAAAAGGAAUGUGUCCUGGGGAUGGAGAUGAGAUUAGGUAGGAGGGGAACUGUUAGGCUGACUCCUGCCCCCCAGUCAACACUGACCCCUCUGAGUGGAUAGAGCCAGUGCCCAUCCCCAGAAAUCCUACCAUUAGUGGUUGUUCUUUAUGUGAAAGAGGCAUGAAGAAGUAUUGGGGCGAUGGGUCAGAGAGGAGUCACCACACCCCUAGGGCAGUCCCAGCCAAGCCCCCGAUCCAAGAAGAGACUGCAUGCCUCUCAGAGCUCCCAAGACUUUUUCCACCACCUCGCCAAGUGCCCCCGAAAUCCCCGCCAGACAGCUCAGCCUGGUCUGCGGCAAGGCGGAGAAGCUGGAACCAUUUCUGGGCAUUUGGUCAUUCCGCUCUGUUCCUCCUUCCCUCCCUCCAGUGUUGCUCAGGCCUCUGUCACAGGAGCAAAGUUGAGAUAAGAAUGUCCCUUGGAGUGCAGUGGGCACUGUGGCCCUUCAUGGGAGCAAUCUUUUGGAGCGGGGGGUCAGUUCUCUGCUGGGAAUCUACCCCUUUCUGGAUGAGAAACCCAUUCCACUUUUAUAACUUUAUUGUAAUGUGAGAAACACAAAGUUUACUUUUUUGACUCUAAACUGACAUGACAUUAGAAAAAUCUCUCUCUCUUUUUUUUCUACCUGAAUUGUGGUCCUAAAACAUAAAAUCUGAUGGACUAACAGAGGGUUGCUGGGGGGAUAGGCAUGGGCACAACACUUCCUGCACCAACACACCCCAAUCUUCAGGCAGGUCUCAGGAGCUUCUAAAAUCCGCAUGGCUCUCCCGAGAGUGGCCAGAGGAGAGGAGAGGGUCAGAAAGGAACGCUCUUCUGUUUCUUGUCAUGACCAAGACAAUUACUUUUUUGCCAAAUUUUUCUGCGAUCUGCCCUGAUUAAGAUGAGUUGUGACAUUUACAUCAAGCAAUUAUCAAAGCAGGCUGGGUCUCAUCAGACCAACCCACAUCUUUCUGUGGGUGUGAAUGUCAUCAGGUCCUGUGCUGACCCCUGAGCCCCCAUCACUGCCACCUGAUGGUGCACAGAAACAAAAAUCAUUUCUUACUCUUGUGUGUUUUAACAAAAGUUUAUAAAACAAAAUAAAUGGCACAUAUGUUUUCUAA